GCAGUAUGCUCAGAUAACUCGCUGCGCCGCUUCAUAAACCUGUUGGUGCAAGCUCGUCAGGAUGUUUUCUUGAUUUCUGUGAAGUUGACCUUCUGUGGAGUAAUGAGGAAUUCUUUCUACAUAAUGUUCAAAAUUUCACUAUGCUGGAUCUGAACAACUCCAACAUGUCUAUGGAGUCCAGGCCCGUGAGCCUGGAGCAGGAACCACUGCAUUACCGCAUGGCAGGCCUGAUCUUCUACAGUUUUGUCUUCAUCAUAGGAGUCAUAGUCAAUCUCACUGCUCUGUGGGUGUUUGCCCUCACAACCAAGAAGAGGAACUCUGUCACUGUCUACAUGAUCAACGUGGCAGUGGUAGACCUCACCUUUAUCCUUCUGCUCCCCUUCAGGAUGGUUUACCACCACCAGGACUACUGGCCUUUUGGAGACAUUUUCUGCCGUAUCAGUGCUGCUCUCACCAUUUUCUACCCCUGCAUGGCUCUGUGGCUGUUUGCUCUGAUCAGCGCUGACCGCUACAUGGCCAUUGUACAGCCAAAGCACAUCAAGGAGCUAAGGAAUGUCCCCAAGGCUGUGGUGGCAAGUUUGGGGGUGUGGCUCAUGACUCUGGGCAGCACUGUACCCCUGAUCUUUUCUGAGAAUGACCCCGAUCGCAUCUCCAACUUCACCACCUGCAUCAAAAUGCAAGACAUCAUCUACAUGCGCUACGACAACCCUGUCAACUUUGUACGACUCAUUUUCUUCUUCCUGGUUCCCAUAUGUAUGAUGAUCGGCUGCUAUAUUGUCAUUGUGGAUAAUCUGAUCCAUGGCCGCACCUCCAAACUCAAACCUAAAGUGAAACAGAAGUCAAUCCGGAUUAUCAUCACACUCAUUGUCCAAAUAUUGGUGUGUUUCGUGCCUUUUCAUGUGUGUUUACUGUUCCCUUUGCUGGGGAAUGGCAUAGACGGGGGAUUUCACACAUGGGCAGUCUUCACCACAUUCCUGAUGAACAUGAGCACAGUGUUAGACAUUAUUUUGUACUACAUUGUCUCCAAACAGUUCCAGGACAGGGUGAUCAGUGUGAUUCUAUACAGGAACUAUCUGCGAAGCGUGAGGCGAAAAAGCAGGCACACACACACAGGCAGCAUUCGAUCACUAAGCAACAUGAACAGCGCAAUGAUAUGAAACAAGCGUCAAACUUUCAUUUCAAACAGCACAUCUACACUAUAAGUCCUGUGCACGCUUUGGCACAAUGUAACACUGAAUGCAUCACCAUGUGCAUGGUUUAUUAGCAAAAGGAUCAAAACUUGCAAUUAAUUUCCAAGGUGUAAUUUACACUCACAGUAUGGGAGUGCGGCUGUUGUGGCAAAAACAUCUGUGUUCAGAGCUGAUUGACUCACCCAUGAGACUUGAGAUGUUUUCUGUGCAUCUUUGCUCUGGCAGACACAGCACGGGUGGCUGUGGCUCAGGUGUAACACAUGCAAGCAAAAAUAAAGCUUGCAAUCAUUUAAAACAUAACUCACAGUAUCUCAGUGUUGGCUUUGUUAUUAUGUAAAAACAUUCAAACUCCUCUCAGUCAUGUGAACCAAGAGCUAAAAGGAGCCUUAGAACCACCAUGGGAGGAAACCAACAGGAAAUAAUGGUGGGCUCUUCAUACAUGCAAAGGUCGCUCCACCACACUGUAUUUGCAACUUCACUUUUGUAACACCUCAGUGUUUCAUUAUGACUGAGCAAAGAUAAUUAUAAAUGCUGCAUGAGGUCAUGCAGAUGAGAUGCAGAUGAAAAAGGUUUGUUUGACUGGUGCCACUUCUCUUUAUUAUGUUUUUGGGGUUUAAUGCCAACCACUUUGUCCAGGACACAGUUAUAAUACACACCAGAGGUGUCCUGGAAGUUGCUGAAACUGUACUGUCCAGGUGAUGGCAGCAUGGCACAGCUAGCUCCCAUUUACCUGCCAGAGCACAUCAGAACAUUGCUUUUCUUUACUUUUAAAGCAGGUAGUGCAAGAUUUGUUGUCUCUCUGCUUAUUAUUAGAUUUGAACUGUCAUUACCAAAGCCAAUAUUUCAGUUUGGAUUGUGUGAAAUAACCAAUCCACUUCCUCUCAGGGAAGUUAACUACAGUCACAACAGCUUCCUCAAGCAGGAAUCGGACUGACGAGUGUUUUGUUGCGAUGAAAACUGUAUUGAUUAGAUGUUAAAUGAUUCAGACACUUGAAGUGCAUUUACAGUAACAUCCUGAAGAGAUGUCAGAGAGGCUAUUUACAAGAUUUAAAGCAGCCUUAACCUUAAAAAAACAACCUUUUUUGGACAGAGAAACAUUUGAGUCAGACUCUGCUAAAAGUAUCAUAAUACAAGAUCUAGCAAUUUAUCAACAAUUUAUUCCUCAAAUGACAAGUGAUGAGUUAGAAGGUGCUGAAAGUGUGACAGUUCUAUCUCUGUAAAGAGACUGUUUAAUUUAAAUGAAAAAAAAAUCUCCUGUUUGAAUGUGAUGGUUUUGAAAGCUGUCCUGAACAAACAUCACCCGAGCUGAGAUUUGAUUUGGUGUUGCCAAUUGCUAAAAUAAUCAAGUUAGUGUGUCUGUCACACCAGCACAGUCUUAACUGGAUUAGACAGCAAGUCAGUGUAGCUGAGUAACUAUGCAGUGUCAAGGCACCCUGUGGUGUAACCACAUACAAUAUCAAUUCCCAGAACAGUUAUUGUACUGUGCUGUAUUAUACUGUGCAUUUCCUUAAUGAGAUUCUGGUUUUAUUCCUGUUUUUUCACACCUCUAUAAACAAGCCCAGUUAAAUUCUCACUGUUAAUGUAGUGCAGUGUUAAAAGGAUAAACUACACUGAGAGUCCAUAUGGCACUUCUCUGGUCUGUACUGUUUUCAUACUGUAGUCAAGACAUGACAUUCAGCGGUGGUAGAUUUACACUGUUUAAUAAGAGGAGGCAGAGUAGAACUUACAAUUUACAUGGCAUUCUGGGAACUGCAGUUCAUCGUGAUAGGUUUAUUGGCUGGUGGACUACAAGUGGAUUUAUAACCAAGAGGUCGAAGGUCAUAUGAAACAUCAGAGGGUCAUCUAUCUGUCCCACCUGUUAGCCAUCAAAGAAAAACCAGCCACGCUGCUCACAGCAACUGGCAUUUAAAACAAUUAAGUUUCCUGUCAAGUCCCUGUGAUGAAUUAUCCGGAAGCUUUACCCACUGUAAUUCUAAAUCUUCCCAACAAGUGCCUUUGUUGUAGAGAAAUUAAUGAAAACAAGAUUGUCUUUCAUAGGAGCUGAUCUAACAGCGCGACAGCCAGCUGCUCUUCUUUGGGAAUAAAAACAGUCAGCAUUAAACACAGCUCAGACAAAAUACUUUUUUUUCUACCACUCGUGUGGAAAACAAAUCAGGCAGCGAGCGCAGUGGCCAUCUGUUUUGUUAUUUGAUAUGUGUGAAUACAUGUUGUAAUGACUUUGUUUGCGAAUCACUCUGCGCGGCAGAACACACAAGAGCUCUCGAAGUGCUGGAGUGUUCAAAGCUAAUCAUAUAAUUGGACACAAUAGUCGAUGACAAAUGGAGACGCUUGGAGCCAGCCAGCUGGGGAAGUGAAUAUGUAAUCAUUGUAAAAUCAUAUCAUUUUUGCAUAUUUGAAGACAGCUUAAUAGAGUUUGCAUGUCAGCACCGAAUCAAGUGAUGAUCAGA